GCCUUUGGAGGAGGAGAAAUGGAUGCCUUGCCACACUUGCAGACUCUUAGAAAGUUUCCAAGAGAGGAGCUUGUUGCAAAAGUUGUACUGGUCAGAUUUGACUCUACCCUUUUGCUUCGGGAACAAGGGGAGGAACACCGAUUUCAACCCAGUGCACUCUUCACCAUUAAGUAUUUGCACCAGUCUGGGGCUAAAGUAGUUCUUGUUAGUGAUUGGAGUGUUAAAACUAAUCCUAGACUGUUUGUCGCGCAGUCUGUUGCAGAGUUCUUGUCAUCUCUUCUUGAGUACAACGUUGUUCCAGUACAAUGCAUUUCUCAAAACGUGGUAUCAAAGAGGGAAGGCUUUGAGAAAGGAGAUAUUCUUCUUCUUGAGAAUCUUUCUGAGUUUAGAGGGGAAGUUGCCAAUUGUUCAAAAUUUUCUCAAGCAUUGUCAUCAGGAGUGGAUAUUUUUGUUAAUGAUUACUUUUCCCGGUCUCAUAAGAUUCUUGCAUCCACCUGCGGAGUCGCUCGCUUCUGCUAUGCCAACUUAGCUGGUUUUCACUUUGAGGAGAGCCUAUCUCAACUUAGAAGGACUACAGAAAGCAACACAAAACCACAUGUAGCAAUUAUUGGAGGGGGUAAUCUCUUUGAUAAAGCAGCUGCUUUGCAUUCCUUAGCUUCCCGAUGUGAUGG